AUGGCUUCUUCUUCAUCUCCUUCAAAUAUCUCUGCAAUUUUCCCAAAUUCCUCACCCUUCAAUUCCCAAAUUACCCCUCUAUUUUCAAUUCCAAUUUCUUACAGAAAAAAUACACUCAGAUUAUCAUUAUCUUGUUUCGCUGCAAAACAACAAACUGGACCAGUGAAAAAACGUACAUCACCAAAUACUAAAAAGAAAAAGAAACCUUCGAAUUUUGAAGGUGAAAUAGAAGUUGAAGUUGAAGAAAAAGGGAUACAACAGUCAUCUGAAAGUUACCAUCCUUUACCGUUACCUAAACCACCAGCUGGAUUUGUUUUAGAUGAGCAGGGUAGAGUUCUUAUGGCUUCCAAUAAACGUAUUGCUACAAUUGUUGAUUCUACCAACAAUUUCCCACUGGAAUGUGUAAUCAGGAGGGUUUUUAGAAGUACACGAGGAGAAGAAUGUCUAUUACUCUGUCCUGUUGAUAUGCCUGUUCAGAUCUUAAAGAGCACAAAUGUUGAGGGGUGGGCUGCUGUAAGUGAUGAAGAAGUUGAAGCUAUCCUACCCACUGCAGCCUAUGCUUUAGCUAAGAUACACAUGCAUCUGGUGUACAGCGGAUUCUGUUACACAGCACGAGGAGGAUGUUGCUACACAGAGGAUGACAUAUUUGAAUUUAAAACAGAUGAUGGUGAGGAUGUAGAUGGCUUGCCCAGUGAAGGCAUAGAAAUUACAUGCUUCCACAUGGAUGGUUCCCACUAUAUGAUUUAUACACCUUCGGACCCACUUCUCUUUGUCGCAGUGAAGGACAAAGAUGGUCAAUUGCAGAUUGCUGAUGAUGAACUCUUGGAAGACCCGGCCAUCAUCAGCGCCAUAGACGAGGAGACCGAAUUUAAUGCUUUAGUGGAAGAAGAGGCUGCUCUUCUUGAAUCUUUGUUGGGGGAAAGAGAUUAAUUAUAUGACUUGCUUUAGGUUUUGACAUUUUUGGAAAUUCUUUUUGUAUUGUAUUUUCAUUUGUGUAUAGUUAAUGCCUAGAUCAUUAAUAUGUUAAACAGCCUAUUUUUGCCCCUUGAUAUACCCAAUGGCAGAUGUAGCUUAUUAUCAACGGGUUCAACCGGACCCAAUAUUUCUACAUGGAGCAUGGAUAUAUAGUCUUCUGUUCUUUUUU